AUGCGACGGCUUGAGCCACCAUACCCGUCGUUCACGCUCGUUAUGUCUCUACUGAAAAGCGAUGUUCUUCGUGCUCCUACCUAUCACGAUUGGUACCAUGCAAACACGAGUUCGCCCGGUUGCCGUGAAUGUAAAGACCGUUUGAUGAAAACAGUAGACUACCGCUACACCGAAGAACCAAUGUUUGAAGAGCCGCCUUCAGUGACAUUGUUUCCACACAGAAUUGGCGACGAUAAUUCAGAUGGUGAUGUCUCGACUUUAGACUUGAACUCUUCUGUUAGACGUGGGGUGGCGGUCACUGCGUGUCCCGGAGAUUCUACGAAGGUUCCUGCAAUCGUACAGACCGUCGUUCUCGCGGUCAAACGGAGCUAUCGUGCAUUGCGUGCACGGAAUCCUUCGCGCGGCGAUCAUUAA